GUAUGGUAGGAAAUUCAUCGAAUGGGACUCUAAUUAUCCUCAAAAAAAGAAAAAGAAAAUGGGACUCUAUUCGUAGGAGGAGAAGUAUAUAAAAGAAGAAGUAUAUAAAAGAUAAUAGUGGUGUGAGGAAACAAGUCUCGGGAGAGAUAGCCAGAGGGUAUAGAGCUUGCCAGAUUGCCAGAGAGGCGCAACAGAUAGUGGUGUGAGGAAACAAAGCCUCGAGAGAGAUACCAGAGGGUUUAGAGAUCGACAUGGCCGAGUCGCGCAUCCCUGUUAUUGGUGAGGGAGAGAGAACAUUGAAGAAUCUUCAAUUAUCCAAGAAACUCACAGUUUCCGAAGGGACGACUGUACUAGAUGUCUGUAAAAGAAUGGCGGCCAUAUGUGUAGAUGCUGUUCUGGUGAAUGAUACUAAUAAUUUGGUUUCAGGAAUCGUCACUGAUAAGGACAUUAUGACUAGGGUUGUAGCAAAGCAAUUGAAACCCGACCGGACAUUAAUUUCAGAAGUUAUGACAAGAGACCGAUCUAUUGUGAGCUCAAGUGCUCCGAUUAUUGAAGCUUUGCAGAUAACGGUCAUAGGGAAUUGUAGGCAUCUUCCGGUUUUUGAGAGCGAUCAAAUCAUAGCCCUGUUAGAUAUUACUAGUUGCCUUGAUGAUACCAUAUUAAGUAUAGAGAAAUAUGUCAAGAAGAAAAGUGUUAUGACAGCAAGAGUGUAUGAACAAGGACAUGAACAUCGAUAUGGAAACGACUUACCUGAAAUAGCAGCUUUCGAGGGCAUUCGUGACCGCUUGUUCAGAUCUUCUAUAUCUACUAUUAUUUUGGAGCCUUAUAGGGUUGCAACUGUAUCACCUUCAGACACAGUUUAUGUUGCUGCUAAAAAAAUGCGGGAUUCAUGGGUCAAUUAUGUUCUUAUUAUGACAGGAAACAACAUUCGCGGGAUACUCACUUCAAAAGAUAUUCUUAUGCGCGUUGUGGCCCAGAACCUCUCUCCUGAGGUUACUCUAGUGGAGAAGGUUAUGACACCCGACCCUAAAUGCACAACACUAGAUACAACUAUUCUUGAAGUACUGUACAUAAUGCGUGAUGGGAAAUUUGCACCUCUUCCUGUUGUUGACAAAGAUGGAAAUGUUGCAGCUUGUGUUGAUGUUUUGCAGAUAACUAAGAGAGUAAUUUAUGAGCUCGAGAAUAUCUUAGUUGCAUCUACUGAGGCUGCGAUUACGGUGAUGGAAACGCUUAUGGAUUCAAAACUUAUAUUGAAGCCCUCUGAUGAUGGUGACACUCAAAGUAAGAUGACAUUUUUUUUCAAACUCGAAGACCAUAAAGGAUGUGUGCACAGAUUUAAUUUGGUCACAGAUAAUUUGGCUAAACUUGCUUCUGCUGUUAUGCAACGGGCGGGUGUAUAUGAUGAUCAAAAGGGCUUUCAACUUUUGUAUGAAGAUGAUGAAGGUGACAAAAUUGUGCUGACAACGGAUGGAGAUUUGGUUGCUGCUGUUUCCCAAGCAAAAUCUAUGGGUCAUAAGGUCUUGAGGAUACAUUUGCAGUACUAUGAUUCGAGACAGGAAAUGAAGGAGCUGUCAUCCACCACCAUGACUACAAUAGAGCGGAGUGAAGAAACGAAGGUGCUGUCAUCUGCCACUCUGACUACAGCAGAGCGGAGUGGUUGGGCCAUACUUACAGUAGUUGUCGUCGUUGGGUUCUUAGCUAUCUACUUAUUUUUCAAGCUGAGUUGAGCUAAGGCAAUAAAGUGGCCUAUAUGAUUCGAGUCAAGAAACAGCCCAUGUAACCCUCCAGUGAUUAAAUUAUAAGAGUAAAGGCUAUUCAGUUUCAG